AGUAUUGCCUACAGAUAAAUAUGGCUUUUGUUUUUUACUGUUUCUUGCAAGUUCUGGCCUCUUGGGUUAUACAUGAAGCGCAGCUGUUCUGUUUGCCAGAGUGUACCUGUUCAGAGGAGAGUUUUGGCAGGAGCCUUCAGUGCAUGUCUAUGUCUUCGGGAAAGAUUCCAAAUAAUUUUCCCGAAGAACUCAAGCAAGUGAGAAUUGAAAACUCACCCUUAUUUGAACUUCCCCAGGGGUUUUUCACCAACAUGAGCACUUUGGAAUACCUUUGGCUCAACUUUAACAACGUCACUGUGAUCCACCUAGGCGCCCUGGAGUAUUUGCCGGAGCUGAGAGAGCUGAGACUGGAGGGGAACAAACUCCGUUCAGUACCGUGGACAGCGUUCCGCGCCACCCCUCUCCUGCUGGUUUUGGAUCUCAAACACAACAGGAUAGAUGCUCUCCCAGAACUGGCUCUUCAGUUCCUAGCCAACCUGACAUACCUUGACAUAUCCUCCAAUAGACUGACAGUUGUAUCCAAGGGUGUCUUCUUGAACUGGCCAGCCUAUCAGAAACGGCAGCAGCUUGGUUGUGGAGUUGAGAGUCUCUCCAACAUGGUAUUGUCACUGCACAAUAACCCUUGGCUAUGUGACUGCCGUUUAAGAGGGUUUGCUCAGUUUAUCAAGUCUAUUAGUCCCCCUUUCAUCCUGGUGAAUUCUUACCUGAUAUGCCAGGGUCCCGUCUCUAAGGCAGGGCAGCUUUUACAUGAGACUGAGCUCGGAGUUUGUAUGAAGCCAACUAUUUCAACCCCUAGUGUCAAUGUCACUAUUCAGGUAGGAAAGAAGGUGACCCUGCAAUGUUUGGCACAAGCCAGUCCCUCACCAACCAUUGCAUGGAAGUAUCCCCUGAGCACGUGGAGAGAAUUUGAUGUGUUGGCCUCACCAGUUGCAGAAGGUAUCAUUCUGUCCCAGCUUGUUAUCCCAGCAGCUCAACUGGUAGACAGCGGUAAUUAUACUUGCAUGGCCUUCAACUCCAUCGGCAGAAGCUCCCUUGUCAUCUUACUCUAUGUCCAGCCUGCACAGGCCAUGCCUGAAUUGCAUUUCCUUUCCACCUCUUCAGAGAUCAGCACCUAUAUUGACCUACGAGUGGUCAAGCAGACAGUGCAUGGCAUCUUGUUGGAAUGGCUCACAGUGACCAACCUCCCCGAGGAACAAUGGUUCACCCUCUAUAUUACAUCUGAUGAAGCUCUCAGGAAGAAGGUGGUCCACAUAGGCCCUGGAAUCAACACAUAUGCUGUGGAUGACCUUCUCCCAGUUACAAAAUAUAAAGCAUGUCUCAGCCUGAGGAACCAGCCUCCAGGCCAGGGCCAGUGUGUGGUCUUUGUGACAGGCAAAGACAGUGGUGGACUAGAGGGUCGUGAGCACCUCUUGCAUGUCACUGUGGUCUUGUGCGCUGUGCUCCUGGCACUGCCUGUGGGUGCUUAUGUCUGGGUAUCCCAGGGCCCAUACAACUGCAGUGAGUGGUGUUUUCGCUGUUACCCUCUUCACAGGAAAACCCUAAGAUGCCCACAAGCAGUACCACAGUGCAAGGAUAGCUCUUUCAAAGAUCCUUCAGCUGUCUAUGAGGAUGGUGAGAGUCACAGAGUCAUGGAGGAGGAUGAGGAGAUAGAAAAGGAGGGCAUCAGUUAACAACCCACCAUGGCAUGGAAAUGAAUAGACCUCCCAUCCCUGAAUCCAACUUUCUAUGACAGCACAACUUGGCUCCAUCCAUUUAUCAAACAAGUAUUUCUUGAGCAGCCACUGUGUUCUAAUUAAGGUACUUGAUGAAGAGAGUUCAGAAAUAAGAAAGGGGACACAGUAUUUAUCUUCAUAAAGCUAAAGUCAAUGGAGCUCUGACUUAUUAAAGUGAUACUUUUAUUUAUUAAUAAAUAUUACUCUUAUAUAUACAUAGUCCUAUAGGGCUUACACAGAACAUCUCACAUGCAUUAUCCUGUAAAGGGAAGCAGGAUAUUCCUUAUUGUAGGUAAAGAAACUUGAUCGCAGAAAGGUUGAUGAUUUGCCCAUCACUUUCCUAGCCAGUGGCAUGGCACUGGUCUACAGAGGAUGGAUCCUGUUGUUUUACAAAUGAGCCAGUGACUGACCUUACUACACACAUUGUGCUAAUACAGAUGCAUUGAGAAUCAAUGGCAGUUGAAAUAACAUUUUAAAAAUUGAUGGCAACACUCAUAUUGAAGUUAAUCACCCUUCAUUUCUUUAGGUUCUUAUAUUUUUCUUCAAGGAAAAAGAAUUAAACCUUUUAAAAUGG